UGCUUCGGCGACGCGCCGGAGUGGUGGAGGGAAGAGGCAGGUGAGGUGCGGCUGAGAAGCCUUUUUUUUUUUCUUCCAAAGAGCCUUGGAUACCAGGAGAGCUGCUGCAGCCCUCACUCCCUUUUUUUUUUUUCCACUGAGGGAAACAAGAGCGACAGAGAGGGCGGGUUGGCACCUGCUCCAGCCUCCCCAUACCUGGCCAUCUGGUGCGUGGUGAGAAGAUAUCCUGUGUUCCUGGGCAGAGCCCAUCGUUCCGCUCAGAGACAGGAGCUGCACAUCCAAACGGUCCUCCAAGUCAACCGCACGCUGUACAUCGGAGCCAGAGAUGAUUUGUACAGAGUGGAGCUGGACAACAUGGCGGGGGAAGAGAUGUUUUACAGCAAGAAAAGGACUUGGGAGUCCAACAAGAACGACAUCCGAGUGUGUCGGAUGAAGGGCAAACAUGAGGAAGAGUGUCGCAAUUUCAUCAAGGUCUUACUCAGCCAACACGACGGCCUGUUUGUAUGUGGAACAAACGCCUUCAACCCUCUGUGUGCCAACUACACUCGAGACACUCUAGAAAUGGCAGGAGAGCCUGUCAGCGGGAUGGCCCGCUGUCCGUAUGAUCCCCGACAUGCUAAUGUGGCGUUAUUUGCAGAUGGAAGCCUUUUUACGGGGACUGUGACUGAUUUUCUGGCCAUCGACGCGGUCAUCUAUCGUAGCCUCGGCGACAGCCCAGCUCUGCGCACAGUGAAGCACGAUUCUAAAUGGUUCAGAGAGCCCUACUUUGUGAGUGCCAUGGAGUGGGGGCCUCAUAUUUAUUUUUUCUUCAGAGAGAUGGCUAUGGAGUUCCAUCACCUAGAGAAGGUUAUGGUAUCCCGUGUGGCACGUGUGUGUAAAUCAGAUUUGGGUGGAUCUCAGCGUGUCCUCGAGAAGCAGUGGACCACAUUCCUAAAGGCACGCCUUAACUGCUCCAUCCCAGGAGACUCCCAUUUUUACUUCAACCUCCUACACGCCACAAGCAACAUCAUCCAUAUGCAGGGACGGGACGUCAUUCUGGGUCUCUUUUCCACACCACCGAACAGCAUUCCAGGUUCUGCAGUUUGCGUGUUUGAUAUGCAGCAGCUCGCUCAUGUGUUUGAGGGCCGAUUUAAAGAGCAAAAAUCCCCAGAGUCUAUUUGGACACCUGUACCAGAUGAGGCAGUGCCUAAACCGAGGCCCGGUGGGUGUGCAGUGCAGGGAUCCAGAUUUAGCACAUCAACAACAUUGCCUGAUGAGGUGCUGAACUUUGUAAAGACCCAUCCACUUAUGGACGAGACUGUGCCACUGCUGGGACAUAGACCUUGGGUGGUUAAGACUAUGGGAAGGUACCAGUUGACAGCCAUGGUGGUAGACACAGAAGCCGGCCCUCACAAGAACCGGACUGUUUUGUUCCUGGGCUCCACUAGAGGGACUAUCCUGAAGUUCCUAAUGGUUUCUGGAGGAGAAUCAGUCUCUCAUAGCAGUGUUUUUUUGGAGGAGGUGGAGGGGUUUAAUCCAGAGAAGUGUGGUGAGGACUCCCCUCAGGCCCGUCAGCUCUUGUCCCUGACAUUGGAUCGUACCAGCCACACUCUCCUGCUGGCGUUCCCCUCCUGUCUGGUCAGACUGCCCACAUCUCGCUGCCAUUUGCAUUCUCGCUGCAUGAAGAGCUGUCUUGCCUCAAGAGAUCCAUACUGUGGGUGGACCAGAGGCAGUACCUGCUCAUUUCUGAGACCAGGGACGAGAAUCCCUUUUCAACAAGAUGUGGAAUAUGGAAACACCACCUCCCAUCUAGGAGACUGUGAUGGUAUUCUACAACAGAGUUUGUUGAUUGAACCAGAGAGUCUUGUUUCCCUCAACCUCCUUGUCGCAUCUGCGGUCUCGGCCUUCACCAUUGGAGCAGCACUCUCUGGCCUUGCUGUGUGCUGGAUCAUGGCUCACAAGCCUGCCAACCGUCGCCAUGGUAGCAGCUCCCAAUCCUCCAUCCAGCGGCGCGACAGAGGCCUGCUGAGUAACUCAGGUGGGAUGGCUGGCUCUGUGCUGAGUGUCACAAGGCAGGGAGGCGGAGAGCGUUCAUGCUCCCAAGGUGGAGAGACCCUGUUCGUCAUGCCCAACGGCUGGGUGAAGUCGGGAGAGCUCGACCCAGGGUUCCUGCCUACACCGGAGCACACGCCACAGCAGAAACGUAGAGGCCUCCGACUGUCUGACUCCAACUCCGGAGGAUGGGAUACCAGCCAAACAUACCUGGGUGGAGGGUCUGUAGGUCUGGGCUCUCCCUGCCGCAUACCCCCUUCUGUCUACCUGACUACUAGACUCUUUCAGCAGGGUGGAGGGGGAAGACAUGGCGGUGAGGGAAGAGGGAAUGACACACCACGUCAGCACUAUGUCUGCUUGAGCAAACAAGAAAAAGGAGGCAAGGGGACACCUAGAGCCCCUGUUAGGAAGUCUGCGGGAGAAUAUGUCUACCCCAUGACCCCUCAGGACUCCCCCGAGCGGCGGAGGGUGGUCUCAGCACCCAGCGCCCCCAUUGAAUACAGCGAGCCGCUGCCCUUGCGUUGGCCUGCCCCGGAGGGAUACAUCCUCAGCAGCCAUGGGAUGGUCCCCGUCCCUCUGCCACCGCCUACCAUGUCUCCUCCAGGUGGCCAGGCCUAUUUGUCCCAGCAACACACACCGGGGUUGAGCAGGGCUUUGCUGAGAGGGGCUCUGGAACGGGGGGAGCUGGGGGAGCUGGUGGAUCUCAGCCAACUGAUGAGUAAUAAAAACUGCAGUGAUAGGACUCAGGCAGGCCAGUGACUGUGGAGGAGGUGAAGCAUUUCUUCCAUGCGUGGAGCCCUCUGUUAAAUUUCCAUACAUCACUCCUUCCUCCUCAGUCAGCCCCUCUCUCUUCCAUUUCCUCUACUCCCUGCACCUAUAUUUCAUUUUCAUCCUGCUCCCUCUCCUUCAGCUCUUUAGGCGAACCUCUUCACCUUAUAAUGAGUCUUUGCCUUCAAAUGGCUGCUGGCUCUGCCACUCAUAUCUUGUCUAACAUUAAUUGGUCAGACAAACCGAGGUUGUUGCUGUGUCUGCAAUGCAGAGUUGCCUUUCUCUCCAGCUCUGGGGAUGAGGGAAAAGAGUGGACGGGGGGGAUAGACAGAAAACAAACCAAAUGGGGAGCACUGAGGAAAAGGACAGAGAAUUAGAUCAUUGCCUUCCUUCUGCAAAUUGACUGGAUGCUUUGUCUAUUCUCUAUCAUUUUACCAAGACUACUAGCCAUCUGUUCCUAAGUGUAUCUCCUGUCGCUUUGAUUACCAACAAGGUUAUUAAAGCAAAAUUGCCAACUCUGAACACUAUAAAAGCAUCUAAAGCCUGAAGUGAAUCAACAGGCAGUGGUCCUGACUGAACAGAUGCGUCUAAGCAAAACCCUUCGCUUUUUUGUAUUCCUUCCCCUUGCUACAAACAUACAGCAGAUGCUUACACAUGAUUGUACAGGUGGGUCCCGAGUAUUCUAUAGAAAGCAUGACUUCCGUGCCAAAUGCCUCUAACAUGUCUCGCAGGGAUAAGGGACCAUAACUCUCCUCUGUGGAGAGCAGAGUGCAGGACUGAAGUGUCAGCACUAUUGCUGCCAACUGCACCCUCUAUGUAAUGACACACACACACCCACCCCUUUUCUCCCUACAACCCCAUUCUUUUUAAUGACCAACGAUUCCUCAAGGACACCUGGUGGGGCUGCACCACACCGUUGGAGUGAUGUCGGAAGCAUUACCUGAAUCGAAAAA